UUAGUGUUACUUUAAUAUUGUAGCUUGGUUACUAUCCUUUGAUGGUCCUAGUGUGUUGUUCUCUCGGGCUCGCGGGGAACCUGGACAAAAGGGGUCGGUGUGCAGUUUGGGUGACGCUCAUUUCUCUACCUCCGCCGUGAACAGUGAAGCCCUCUCCCCUGGACCGGAGUACAACCUACGUGAUUUUAAAGCAAAAUGGCGACAGUCUAACAGAAAGGGAAGAACCAGUGACGAUGUCAACCGCAAUGACAAACUUGUGGACUCCGAUCGUCGUCGUCGCCCUCAGGACUACACACCUAGGCUCCACCCACACAGGUGUUUUAGCUGAGGAGACUUGUCCCCAGGACUGCUUGGGCGCGUUUUAAAGAACCAUGUGAUGGAAUCAGAGCUUCGACACAGACUGAAAGUACUGCUACUAUGUCUGAUCUGAAGCCAGAUGUUCAAGAGGACAAAGACGUGGAAUCAGUGUCUGACAGCCCGGGUCGUACUCAGGAGCCAUUACAGAGUCACACAUUUUCUCUGAAAAACAAUACUGCAGGUCUGUCCUCAGAUGAACACGAAAACCCUUUAAAUGGAACCCAGCCGAAUCCAUUUGUAUACAGCAGUGUCCCCGCUGUUCCCCAUGCAGGCAAUUCAUUGCCUUCAGGAGCACUUGUUAAUGGGCCUGGUUCACACCCCACCUCAGAGGUACACUGUGUCCUGAACAAAGGCUCUGUUUUAUCCAACAAUGUCCUGGAUGCCGCGUGGCAAGUGGAGAAGGACAUGAGCCCCGAGGUGUUACCACCACCUAGUGAGCUUCAAUCAGACGCUUGGAAGAACACAGCGGGGCUCGCUGUAAAAACACUGGCCACACAGCCAGGUGUCAACACGCCACCGUCUCACUCGGAGGAGAAUGAGUCUAAACUGGCCUAUUCCGCACUGUCAGGUGACAGUGCAGAGCAAAUGCACAUUAGCCAACCUCGGACAAAAAAGACAAUAGAAACAGGAUCUGGACACGGCGUUGAAUGGCCAGAAAACUCCUCUGAUGAUUGCGAUGAUGUUGAAGUAAUCAGUUGGGAUUCGGAAAGAGAGAGCUUCCUGCACACUGACAGAAGGCUGGAGACCAGAGUGAUACACCAAAGAGACAGGCGCCACAAUACACAUGUAAAAAGCAUGGCAGGCUCUCUGGAAAAGGUUAACAACAGCUUAAAUCACACACGCAGACGUUGCUGCAGUGGUAAUGAUGUUGAAAACGUUGACAUCGCCGGCAAAGCCGAUUCUUUGGACACACAAUGCGGUAUUAAAUAUUCCGUGGUGCCAUUCAAAGAUCUCCCGGCUUUACACUCCGAGCACCAUAUUAAUAGAGCAGCACAGGAAGGCUGUAAUGAGGAAAAUGACCCUGAAGAUGAAGACAAUUUCAGUCCAAAAGUGGAGCAAUCGACAACGAAGCAACUUGGGCGAGAUCCGUCUUUCUUCUCAUGCACAAUAUGCAAUGUUAAUUUCAAGGAAAAAAGACAUUUCCAUAGACAUAUGAUGUAUCAUUUAGGCAAGCAUAAUCAGGUGAACAGUGAAAAUGUUUCACAGACCUUUAUAUGCAGGGAGUGUGGGCGUCUGUUCUGUGAUAGCAACUCCCUCAUGAGGCACAUCAUUAUUCACCAAGAUAGGCUGGAAAAACUUAUGGAGGAAAUCAAGGGUCUCAAAAACACUGACGUUGAAGACGGAGGCGCCGCAGUGCAGUGCCCUCAGUGUGUGUUUGGUUGUAAAUGCCCCAAAAUCUUUGUCCAGCAUGCCAAAACGCAUGAUAAUCUGAAGCACUAUUACUUCUGUGAGGAGUGUAACUACAUUUCUCUCACACGGCAGGCACUUGAACUACACUUGCAUGUCGCACACCUCGACACACACCAGCCUCAGUGUGGGGAAAUGACUCAUACUAAUGAUGCAGAGGAAGCAGACCAUGUUCAAUUUCAGUGUAAGAUGGGUUUUUUCACCAGCAGAGACAAAGUAACAUUGGAAAGACAUCCUGAGCUGGAGAAUCCGCGAUCACACUCUGGCGAUUAUAGAAAGUUUGCCGACCAGCCCAAAAUUGCUGGGAGUAAAUCUGCCUUUGGAGAAGCAGCCCGUUUCCCCCACUGCUCCGGUGGACAUGAGGACAUUUACGUUCAAAAGUCUGAAGACAAAACCGUCAGUUCCCCUCAGUUCAAGUGCCACGUCGGCUGCACCAAAAACACGCUGUCGCCAUCUCUGUGGAGGAUCGGCAAGCAUGGAAAAUUACUCCUGCAGCCAGAGGAAAAAUUAGAUGUGGCAACUGAUCUCACCUGUGUGGAAGAAGACGGUGAAAAAAAUGACCACGAGGCUUUUGGCAGCUCAAAGCAGGCAAACUGUCCUGCAACGGCUGAUGUUUUACCAUCAGCUAGAAGUCUUAAAUUAGACCAGAUGUUCUGUCAGCGUAGCAAGAACAACCUGGAAACCAGGAGUUUACACGCCAAAACAAACCAAAAUUCUCUAUCAGUGAGAAAAAUGUCAACACCUUUGCAAAACACUAUUGACAACAUGAAUGGUAAUAUAUUGCCAAGGCUUAGCCGGAGGCGUAAGAAACAUUUUGGAGUUGGAGAGCUGGAGAAAGGCUGUGAGGGCGGCCAUAACUUCAGUGAUGACACCAGCAGAGCCACAGGCAGCUUCUUGGAAAGCAGUGAGAGAGAAAGGAACCCGUACGCUCGGAAGUAUUUCAGAAAGAGGCAGAGGUUUUCAGCCAAAGACCAAAGCGCCCAUAAGCUCACAGAUGAAGAUGACGGAGAUGAAGACUGCAGUGACAUAGAGCAACUCAUAAUCAAGGAGGAGUAUAUCGAAACCACAGUGUGUGAUGAUUUCCCAGAGUCGCCUUGUACGUCUAUGAGUGACGGCUUUGUUGUUUCCCCUUCUCAAGUGGUAGAGCACAAGCUCUGUCCGUACUGCCCCGCCAUCUUUGAGUCUGGAGUGGGUCUGUCCAAUCACGUGCGAGGGCACCUUCAUCGCGUGGGCUUGAGCUAUAACGCUCGGCACAUGGUUUCGCCGGAGCAAGUGGCGCUGCGUGAUCAUCAGCCGCGAACCCGCAGAAGGAUCCCCGCCGCCAUGAGGAAAAUGAGAAGAGCUGUUAAGCCAGAAACAAAAGGAGAGCACACAUGUCCCCUGUGCUGGGGUUGGUUUGAUACUAAGACUGGCCUCUCCAACCAUGUGAGGGGACACCUGAAACGAAUAGGCAGAAGUGUUACCAGCACCAGUAAGUCCCCGCUGUGCAUCCUAAAUGAGCUGCUACAGGACAAAAAGGAACAUGGGAACAUACUGCAGAUCCUAAACAAGGACCACUUCCCUCCAGGACCUUCAGUCUCUCAGAAGUUCAUCAGCAGCAGCGGCCUGGUCUUGAUGCGCGCGGCACUACCAGUGACACUCCAGUAUGAAAUGAAGCGUCCACAUGCCAUAGGGGAUAGAUUUGUACCAAAGCAGGAGGCACAGGCCUUCUCAGAGAGGAAUAAGCCACAAGCAGAAGCACAAACAGACCUGAAGGCCUCCUCAAGCACUUUAGUUGAACUGCUAAAGACGAGACGGGAAAGUUCGGCGCUCACAGCGAGAAACAACCGCGACGCCCAUGCAGCCAGGAAGCUCUGUGUUAUGACCAAAGAUUACAAGGAGGAGACACAGAUGACAGGUGUGGAGCCCGCCUGGACUCACGGGGAAUGUGAUUCAAGUGAGAUUUGUAUUGAGUGUAACAGCAACUUCCCCACUGCUGUCAGUCUGUCUGGUCAUCUUCAGGCCUAUGCAUGCAGGAAGAGGAUUGCUGUAUUUGAAGAACCGGGCUAUGAUUAUAAGCAGAAGAAGCCGAGACCAAGGCCUGGGCUGAAAAAGAAGAUUUUACCCUCCUUGAACUCUCAGAUUUACACACUCACCUGCAGAUUCUGUGACCUGGUCUUCCAGGGUCCCCUGUCCAUCCAGGAGGACUGGAUCAAGCAUUUACAGAGGCACCUUCUGCACACUGACGUGCCCCACUCAGGAACAGGGAUGGUGGAGGUUUUGGGUCUUCGACACAAAAUACAAAUAAGCAUGACUCAAGAGCACCCAGGCACUGUGUAGAGUUGCACCGGCCUGGAAUGUGAAAUCUGAAUUUGCACAAUAUUUAAUACCACUCAUUAUUUUAAAGUAAUCUGCGACUGCUGAUAGAAGUAUAUAAUAGUUAAUUCAGAAUACUUUAAAAUCUUAUAUAUAAAUAAUACUGUAUAUAUAAGCAAUAACUUUAUUAUAGGAUAUUACAAUGCUAUGCUUUGCCUUAUCCACUUAGUUAAUACAACUUUUAAGAUUUAUCUUUUAGGAUCUAUCUAUCUAGUUUAAUUUGAACAUAACCGUGGCAAAAGAUAAACAUAUUUCUCCAACUCAAGCUGGUCUGCAUUGUUUGUCAUGAUAAGAAAAAAGUGCCUUGUUAUUAUGACAAACUAGUUUGUAAAAAUGAGAAAAGAUUACAAUUAUAAAAUGAAAAAAAAUAUCCAAAUAUCUGACUUUCUAUGCCAAUAACUGAAAAAAAAUCUCAAUAUCUUACUUUUUAUAAGAAACUUUUUGCCAUAAGAGGAAUAUUGCCACUGCUAUAUUGAAUGACGGUCAUGUCUCACUUUCUCUUAGAGCCAACAUAAAAUAAAUAGUGUGCUCUUUUUAAGCAGUGUACAAGGGGCUGUCAUUAGUUUGCGGAUGCUUUGUAGGAUCACACCUCUCUGUGCCUGUAGCAGAGAGUCCUCUUAAUCAAAGUGACAUUCAACAUGCUGCAUUAUGUUGAGACAACUUGCUCCGUCAUUGUUUAUUCUGCUGCUCAACCUUCAACCAUCACUGCAAUUUCUGAAACCUGGCCCUCGUCGCGGCUGCGAUAUCGGCGUCUUUUUUCGUGAUCUGGUUAUCACGAGAAAGAUUUUACAGUUAUAAUGAUAUAUUGUUAUUUUUUUUCCCCUCAUUGUUGCAGCUCUGUAUGUCUGAAGGCUUCGGUUCUCACGUGAGGAAGGAUGUCUUGUAAUUAGUGACAUAUUUGCACUGAACAUAUACAGAACAUGCCCCGUAACCUGUCCUCCAAACUUUAACACAAUUCCUCACAACUUGGUGCUUAUUUUGCCGCUUAGCAGAGACAGUUUGAUACUUUCAGACAGGAGAACGGGCUAUGCAAUGCACAAAGAUGGCAUAUCAGUUUGAACUGGUGCACUUAAAUUCUAAUUUUUCUAUUUUUUCUUCUUCUUUUUUUUUUACAUUUUCACUGUUCAACUAAUCAAGCAGGGAAGAAGACAUUCUUUUUUUCCUGUGUGUACAUUGUAUAUAUCAGCUACAGUUUGUCCUCCUUAGCGCACCCACUGUAUGUGGUUGAGUCAGCUGAACGCAUUAUCAAAAAAAUUCACCCCACACUUCAAAGAGUUUGAUUAAUCCAUAUAGAAAGAGAAAAUCAUUAUUAUACAUUCAGUUGUCAGUUGUGCGGUCUAACCCAACAGCCCUGCAGAAAGCCCUGCUUCAUGGAGGUUAAAAUGUUCAGCUUGAGUCGAGUCGAGUCGUGUAUUUUGCGGUACCGUUGAACUGCAUGUGUUAUGUUGACAGGUGUUCCUAUUAUUUUGCCCACUCUAUACAAAUCAAUAAGCGAGGGGCCAAACAACAGGCACACCUCUCUGUAUAAUGCGAUUAAAUUCAACAGCAGCACAAAUUACAGCCUCCAAAAUGAUCACAUUAUCGAGUCAACACAAUUCGAACUCAACACUAUAACCUUCAUGGAGGAGGAUUUUCUGAAGGACUGUUGGCUUCGACUGCAUUUGUUUUUAGCUAGGUGUUCCUGAUAAACUGAGUGUAUUGAACGAAUGUAAAUGUAUAUAUUGCUCCCCAGUUUUUCACAUUUCACACUGUAAAACUUUAACUAAAUUAAAGAAAUAUUUACCCUGGUUGUAUGACCAGAUGUCAUAAAAGAUUAGGCAUUUUAUGUAUUUAUUUAUCUAUCUAUUUUUCCUUGAAAUAUUCAACUUGUUACACUUGAGAGUUUAAAAUUGUAGCACUCCGAAAUAUACAGUAAUACCCUGAUUUGUAUUAUUAGCGUACAAGUUAUCAAAUUAUGUAAUAAUUUCUAUAUAAUAUAUAUCUUCUCUACUGAGCUUCGAUUGUUUUUAGAUUUCAAGUUUAACUUAGAAAUCAGUGGCAUUAAUAAACAACAUGCAUGAUACAAAGCGUCACUACUAUAAAUUUAGUGAAUUAUACUUAAUCAGCCAAACAUACAAAAUCAAAGUCAGUGUUGCUGAGUUAAAUGAACAAUGGGAUGUUGAUGUUAGUAGUAACUCAUGGGAACUGGUUGGUAAUAAUAGUUUUUGGUGAAGUGGACAAAAGGUUUGACAAGUGUGUGAAACAGUUCGGCAAAGUGUCUGAUGAAGACUUUGGAUGUACAGUUGAAGCCUGAUAGUCAUGGCGAUUGAUCGGUGGAAACAAAUGGACACAUUUUUUUGUUUUAUGUGGAGCUCAAAAGCAAAAACACAAGAAGGUUAAAACUGAAUCUUUCUGCAGCUUUACACAGAAACAAGAAAAUACUAUGGAUCACACUAAAAUUAAAGUGUAACAUCUGCAAUGA